AUGCCACCGAAACGAACCGCAAAUAAUGCCGCUUCUGCAGGUGGUCGAAAGAAAGGUGGUGCAGCUUCAUUAUAUGAAUUAGCUGAACCAUUUACAAAUGGAACUAUUCUAACAGAUCUUUGUCGUAAAACUUGGACAAUUGGUAAAACAAUUGGACAAGGUGGUUUCGGUUGUAUAUAUGAAUGUCGUAGUACAUCAUCAAGUACUCCAAUCUAUGUUGUUAAAGUUGAACCAGAUUCAAAUGGUCCACUUUUUUGUGAAAUGCAUUUUUAUUUACAAUUAGGAAAAAAAACUUUACAAGACACAUUUAUUAAAGCCAAUCAACUUGAUCAUUUAGGUGUACCACAAUUAAUAGCUCAUGGAAUGCAUGAUAGUCUAACAAGUAAACGUCGUUAUCGAUUUUUAGUUAUUCCACGUUAUAAACAAACACUUGCUGAUGAACUUCAGUUAACAAGUACAAAUAUUGGUCAUUGUCUUAAUGAAAAACGUGUACAAUCAAUUGGUAAACAAAUGCUUGAUAUUUUUGAAUAUAUACAUUCACAUGGUUAUGUACAUGCUGAUAUUAAAGCGGAAAAUAUUCUUUUGAAUGAUUCUGUACAUAUUUAUUUACUUGAUUAUGGUCUUAGUCGUAAAGCGUCAUUACAAUAUGAAGAAAAAGUUCAACGAAGACAUGAAGGUACAUUAGAAUUUACUUCAUUAGAUGUACAUCGUGGUGCUGUACCAUCAUUUCGUGGUGAUUUAGAAAUUCUUUUUUAUAAUAUGUUACAUUGGCUUGGUGCAAGUUUACCAUGGAUAAAAUUAACGGAUGGUGCACGUGUUCAACAAGAAAAAAUGACUGCACGUAGUGAUCCAUCAGGUUUUGUUCGAAAUGUAUUUACGAAUAAAAAACCAGUAUCAUCUAAAAUGAUUGAAAGUUUAAUACAAUUUUUUCGUGAAAUUAUUCAAAUGAAUUAUUCGGAUAAAGGUGAUUAUCAACGUUUAAGAGAAAUUAUAAGUGGAAAAGCUCGUCAACGACGUUCAUCAAUUGGUGUUAUUUCAUCAAGAAAACCAGUAGUUCAUGUAGAAAAUGAUGAUGAUGAUGAAGAAGAAGAAGUAAGAGAAAUUGAACAACUACCAAAACGGAAGUCACCACGUCAUCCGGCAGCAACGACAACAACAAUGUUAUCAACAUCAACAUCAACUACUCGAGCUCGAAGUGUUUCACGUGAUCGUGAUCGAAGAAAAAGUCGAAAUGAAACACGUUCACCAUCACCACCAAUACAAAUACUUUCUGCACGUACGCCAACAUUCAAACUGAUCGAUGCAUUACCAAAUCCAUCAACCAGAAAUAAAGUGUCUCGGUAUGAUAUUGAAGAUGAUGAAAAUGAUAUUGAUAUGAGUACUAUUCGUAAUCCAAAAUUAAGUUCAACACGUAUUGAACGACCAGCUCGAAUUCAUGCACCAAUACCAACACCACCGGCACCAAAAGUAACAAAUGAUUAUUAUAAUAAAAUAACAAAUCGUAACACUCAUGAUGCAAUACAUAAUAAACAAUCCAUUCCAACAACAACUGUUCGAUCAGAUACUACUCCAAAAGGUGACAGACCAAAUUCCAAUAUUAUUGACAAGGUACUUGCUGGUAUACCAUUAACAGAUAAAGAAAUUCGUAGUGUUCUUCAUCGACAAAAAUAA